GAUAUCUUAAUUUAGUAAUUAUUUUCUGCUAAAGAUGUUUAACAUAUUCUUUAUGUGCCGUUCGUUAUAUGUUAUCGAUCCUACUAUAAAGAAACAAAUCUUUUUCCCAGAAAAGGAAUUUUAGCAACUUUUUUCUUGAUUAUCAUUAUGCACAAAGAAAAUUUGGUGUACGAACGUCUUAGGCCUCAAGAGGCAAUAGAUAUUCCUUUGGCAGAAAUUGAUCCAAAAGUUUCAGAUGAUACAUUCUGUGUUGCUACUCAAAACUGGGGCCAAACAUUUAUCCAUAGAUUUAAUUGCUCACCUUCUCUCUAUUUAUUUCAUCCAUAUAGUGCAGUUAGGCGAGCUGCUAUUGCUUUUACUACACAUUUUGCUUAUGAUAUAGCAUUAACUUUUGUUGCUCUAGGAAAUUUGUUAGAACUAGGUAUUCCUCAAUAUAUGCCACCUGUUUUUAAAAGAAUUUCUAUACUUUUUUAUAUAUCUGAAGCUGUGUACCAAUCAUUAAGUAGAGGCGUUCUUUUUGGUACUUAUACCUAUCUGCGAAAUCCUUGGAUGUGUUUUGACUUCAUUAUAACUCUGGCAAGUUUACCUCAUAUUGAAAUCGUUAAUCCAGCAAAGUUCCAGCUACAGUCACUUAGAGGAAUUAGGAUUUUUGAUGUUAUCACUAUUAUACCAGAUAUUUAGUGGAGUCUUUCAGAAUAAAUGUGUAUUGGAACCACCAAAGAAUCUAAACAUUUCU